AUGCUUUUCUCCUUGGUCAUAGCGAUUUUGUGCCCCUUGGCGGCAUGGGCGUUGCCCAACUUGACCGACUUGAAGGGAGCAAAGGUGUUUGACAUGACGGUGACCUGGGAGAAGUAUGCUCCAGAUGGCGUAGCCAGGGAAAUGCUUCUCGUCAAUGGCAAGUCACCGGGCCUGACGAUUGAGGUUGAACAAGACGACUGGGUCGUUGUCAAUGUGUUGAACAAGUCGCCGUUUAACACAUCCGUACAUUUUCAUGGCAUCGAAAUGGAAAAGACUCCAUGGUCAGAUGGCGUACCAGGAGUAACCCAGCGUCCUAUUGCGCCAGGCCGCACUUUUACAUACAAGUUCCAAGCCCUCCAGUACGGCAGCUACUGGUACCAUUCACAUGCAAGGGGACAGAUAGAGGACGGGCUCUACGGCCCAAUUCUGAUACAUCCUCGACCUGGAACCACCAAGCCAUUCCACAUGAUUGAAAAUGAUCCAGAAGCCAUCAAAGCCAUGGAAAAGGCUGAGCGGGCGGUCCAUCCCUUGAUCCUCUAUGACUACAUGCACAUAACCUCAGAACAGAAAGCAGACAUCACUCCCAAAGCUGGCGUCGAAAUAUCUUGCUACGACUCGAUUCUCUUUAAUGGAAAAGGUCGCGUACGAUGCUUGCCAGAGGGUGAACUGAUGUCCCAUCUAAGUCCUGUACAAAAAGCAGACCUGGCCUUGGUGCCGGGCGAAAAGUUGACUGACAAGGGCUGCUUACCUGCCAUUGUGAUGGCAGCCUUUGGCGGCGACGCCAAGAAAUACAACGCGAGCGCAAUGCCACGCGGAAUCUUUGAAGGCUGCAAAGAAACCAAAGGCUCUACUGAAGUCGUCAAAGCCAACUACCCAGGCCGUCACUCUUGGGUCGCCAUAGACAUUCUCGGAGCAGUCAACUUUGUCAACGGCGUAAUCGCAAUCGACGACCACGACAUGUGGGUGUAUGCCAUGGACGGCUCAUACAUUGAACCACAAAAGGUUCAAGUCUUAUGGGUAUCCAACGGUGAUCGAUACUCUGUUCUGGUCAAGCCCAAGCGGCCGGGAAAAUUUCAGAUUCGGUGUCAUGCCAAUAGUGCGCCGCAAACAAUCAUCGGAAACGCCAUUCUUCACGUCCCCGGUAUUAUUUUCAACCCGCCCACGCCAAAGCAGUACAUUGACAUCAUUGGCAACCCGUUAUCUCCGGAUGUUGUGGUGUUCAACCAGACGAUUGCGUAUCCGCACCCUGCUGAACCGAUUGCACAAAAGGCCGAUGACCUUUAUGUUCUCAACAUGAAGUUGGAUGGGGCUUCAUAUCGUUGGGCGUUGAAUAGCUCUGGGCUCGAUCCGAUAACACUGGACCACACUCUUCCACCGCUGCUGUUCAGUCCAAAUACGACGAAGAUGGAAAACGUGACAAUCACCACGCGCAACAACACAUGGGUUGAUCUUGUCUUCUUUGCGUCGGUGUUUCCCAUGCCCCCUCAUCCUAUUCACAAACACGGCGUCAAGAUGUAUCAGAUUGGUGCGGGCCAGGGACCGUUCAAGUGGAAGUCGGUGGAGGAGGCUAUGAAGGAGAUACCGGAUCGUUUUAACCUGGUGAAUCCACCGAGACGAGAUACCUUUACUUCGAUGCCAGCAAGAGAUGCAGUGAAUUGGGUGGUGGUGCGGUACCAUGUUAGCAAUCCUGGGGCAUGGCUGCUACAUUGCCACAUCAAUAAUCACAUGAUGGGUGGUAUGAUAAUGGUUAUAUUGGAUGGUAUAGAUGCGUGGCCGAAAAUUCCGCCCCAGUAUCUAAACUAUUCUUGA